UUUUACAGAGCAUUCGAUUUUCAAUUGUCUUCGCCCUUCCGGUGAAGAAGGCAAUGAAAUUAAGUAGAACUGUGUUGUCUUCUUUGCCGUCUCUGCUAAAACCCUACUCGAGCUUGAGCUGGACUACUACAAUAGCGACGACAGCUAAAACCUUUGAAGGUAUGACAACUGUAGAUGAAGCUGACGUGGGCAUCUCCUGUUUCAUCUCCCAGCUCCCUGGCUUCCGUGGAAUUCUCAAACAAAGAUACGCAGACUUUAUUGUUAAUGAAGUGGAUAUCGAUGGAAAUGUGGUUCAUUUGACAUCCUUGGACUUGCCUCCUGAGAUGGAUGUGAAGGAGGAAGAUAAAACGAAAACUUCUGAUAAUGUACCUCAAAACUAUACUUCGGCAAUUGAGUCUUUCAGAUCAAUUUCCAGUGUCACUGAUGCAGAGCGUUUGGAAACAUUGAUCAAUCAAGUCACCUCAGGAACUGAUGAUGAAAUCUCACCAGUUGUUCUUGAUCCAAGUUCUGACAAAUCCAAGAGAACGGCUAUCCACAACUUUGUUAAAGAGAAUUUUAAGUUCCUAGUGACUGACACUGUCGAUGGUCCUGAUUCUACUUCAAAAUGCAUCCGUGUGCGAGUGAAUUCAGGAGCCCAUAACAACAGAGGUAAUAGAUCAAAAAAACGCAAGGAAAGAGGCGAUAAGCCUUUUGAUAGCAGAGGUUCAGAGCAUUGGCCAGAGCAUGUUGGCAAGUUUCUCAGGUUCCAUCUUUACAAGGAGAACAAAGAUACACAAGAGGCCUUGGGAUUGAUCGGAAAGAUGCUAGGCGUUCAGCCAAAGUCCUUCGGAUUCUCUGGAACAAAAGAUAAGCGGUCUGUUUCAACUCAGCGUGUAACUGUGUUCAAACAGCAAGCCAGCAAAUUGGCUGCGCUUAACAAGAGAUUGUUUGGGAUCAAAGUUGGUGACUUCUGCCAUGUCAAAGAGGGCCUUCUCCUUGGGCAGCUCAUGGGAAACAGAUUUACCAUCACAUUAAGAGGAGUGGUUGCGGAUUCUGAAGAAACUAUAAAAAAAUCUGCAGAAUCCUUGGGGAAAGAUGGCUUCAUCAACUACUUUGGCUUGCAGCGUUUUGGAAGUGGUUCAGUACCAACCCACCAUGUUGGAGCUGCACUAUUGAAGGGAGAGUGGAAAGAUGCCGUAGACAUGAUUCUUGAUCCAAGAGAAACUGAAAGGCAUGUAGUAAAUGAUGCCCGGGAAUAUUACAAAGAAACUGGCGACAUUGACGGGACUCUAAGGCAAUUACCGCGAUACCUCGUUGCUGAAAGAGCCAUACUGCAGUGUCUGAAGAAAUGUCCUGGUAACUACCUGCAGGCUCUGAAAGGCAUUCCCAGAACUUUAAGAAUGAUGUAUGUACAUAGUUAUCAAAGCUACUUAUGGAACAAUGCAGCAAGUCUACGCGUCACAAAAUAUGGGACAAGCCAAGUUGUGUUGGGGGACUUGGUAAGUACAAAGGUAGAUGCUGAAAAAAGAAUGGUCGAUAGUCUUACCUCUGAGCACAACGAAAGCAGCGAAGAGGCAUUGGAUUGUGACCAGGUAGAUGAUACUGCUGUUGUAGAUCUUCCAGCUGAAAGGAGUGACCUUGUUAAGGUUGUAAGUAUAGAGGAUUUGGAAGCUGGAACUUACUUAACCAGUGACAUCGUCCUCCCUCUACCUGGUUCAAGAGUCAUUUACCCGUCUAAUGACAUUGCGGAAAUUUAUCAUGAUUUGGCAAAGAAGGAUGGUAUCAGCCUAACUGAGAGCAUUCAUGGUGUAAAGGAAUUUUCAAUAACUAGCAUGACUGGUGGUUAUAGACGUGUUUUCCAGAAACCAAUAGACUUUGAAUGGGAAUUACUGACUUACACUGACAGCAAUAAACCAUUGGCAGAGACGGAUCUGGACAGGAUAACCGUGUACAAGCCGGUGGAUAAAGUUGGAUCUGCGGAGGAAAUUGAAGAUGAACCGUUGAAAUCUGAUACUAACCCACAUGAAUCAUGUGAAACCAAUUUGAAGGACCAGACAGAUAGCAAAGAGGAUGAAAAAGACACUAGAAAUCCAGAUUCUGAGCAAACACAGAUGGCGCUUAAAAUGGCACUCACUCUUCCAUCUUCUUGUUAUGCCACAAUGGCAAUCAGAGAACUGUUAAAGACGUCAACUUCUGUUGCAUAUCACAAGACACUUAACUAGCGAUUUUGCUCUAUAACUUUUGCUGGUUAUAUUACUCUGUUUCAGACACUUAACUAGCCAUUCUAUCUUGUCUGCUUUAAACAUGUGUGCAUUCAUGUAUUUAUGCGGAAGUUCAGGAAGUUUUGUCUGAAUAAGCAUCAAAAUGGAAGUUCUAUUUUGGUAACCGGCCAAGUUUUUUCUUGAA